GAGCGGGGCCGGUGAGGACCGUUCGGGGCUGUGCGGGGCGGUGGAGUGUCCUGCUCUGUAGCCAAGAUGUGGCCGUCCCUGUCCAUCCUGUGUGUCCUGCUGGCCUUUGCCAAUGCUCGCAGCAUUCCUUACUUCCCUCCUCUCUCCAGUGAUUUAGUCAACCACAUAAACAAGCUCAACACCACCUGGAAGGCAGGGCACAACUUCCGCAACACUGACAUGAGCUAUGUGAAGAAACUCUGUGGCACCUUCCUGGGUGGGCCCAAGCUGCCUGAGAGGGUAGAUUUUGCUGCAGACAUGGAGCUGCCUGAUAGCUUUGACUCACGGACGCAGUGGCCUAACUGUCCUACCAUCAGUGAGAUAAGAGAUCAGGGCUCUUGUGGCUCUUGCUGGGCUUUUGGUGCUGUAGAAGCAAUUUCAGACAGAAUCUGUGUGCACACAAAUGCCAAGGUGAGCGUGGAGGUCUCUGCAGAGGACUUGCUGUCGUGCUGUGGCUUCGAAUGUGGCAUGGGGUGCAAUGGGGGUUACCCCUCCGGCGCGUGGAGGUACUGGACAGAGAGGGGCCUUGUGUCUGGGGGUCUCUACGAUUCCCAUGUGGGCUGCCGUCCCUACUCCAUCCCUCCUUGUGAGCACCACGUCAACGGCUCUCGGCCCCCCUGCAGCGGGGAGGGUGGGGAGACCCCCAGGUGCAGCCGGCACUGUGAACCUGGCUACUCCCCGUCCUACAAGGAGGACAAGCACUACGGCAUCACAUCCUAUGGUGUCCCUAGCAGUGAGAAGGAAAUCAUGGCUGAGAUCUACAAGAAUGGCCCAGUGGAAGGAGCCUUUAUUGUCUUUGAGGACUUCCUGAUGUACAAGUCUGGGAUCUACCAGCACGUGACUGGCGAGCAGGUUGGAGGCCAUGCCAUCCGCAUCCUGGGCUGGGGGGUGGAAAACAACACUCCCUACUGGCUGGUCGCCAACUCCUGGAACACCGACUGGGGGGACAACGGUUUCUUCAAAAUCCUCCGAGGAGAGGACCACUGUGGCAUCGAGUCUGAGGUGGUGGCUGGAGUGCCCCGGACGGAGCAGUACUGGAAGAGGAUGUAACCUCCUCCUUGAGCAGACCACACAUAAUUCUGAGCCCCUGAUGCUUUUAACAGAUAGUGGGUUGGGUGCAGAGCUCCCCCCCCUUCUAAGAGACUAUAGUUGAGGUUACUUUAUUAAAGCUUUUUAUCCUUUGGGUGGGGUUUUUUGGUUUGGUUUGGUCCUGUUUUAUUUUUUUUUUAAUGGUAUGGUGGAGCUGGGGGUAGACCUGCUCUCUGCAAGCCCUCUUCUCCUGGUGAGUUGCAGCUCUGGCACAUUCCCUGCUCAAAGGACUGCUGGAGAGCUUGCUGGCCUCUUGCCAUGUGGUAUUGGGUUAGCCUGGACCCCUUCCAGCCCAGUCUGUUACUAGGAGGGGAGGAAGCAGUAGCUUUGUGCUGGAAAUAGGGACUAGGAGGGGGACCCUGCUGGGGGAGGCCAUGGCCAGGUGUGAUUUGUGCAGCCUUGGCUGGGUUGAUCUGACUGUUAGCACCCAAACCAAGGAGGGUGUGUUAGUGUGUGCCUUGAAUUGGCUAACCUUAGACCUAUUAAUGACAAAAUACUGAUGGACUUGAUGUGGGGCCAGCUUUGGCUGGACCUGCAGUGAGGCUCUCCUGCCUGCAACAAGUCCUUUGUGCAUCACUUGCUCUACUCCAUCCAUUGGGCUGCUGUUUUAAAAACCACUCGUUGUUCCUCAACUGUUCAUUUGCUUUUAUUCUGCUGUAGUCUGGGGCUGUUGAUCUUAAGGGAAAGGCCUGCCUGGAGCUCCAUGAGCCAUUGAUCAGAUGUUCUAUAAGCAUCUAAGAGGAUGCUGGAAAGAGCAAACCACUUCUCCUCCAGCUUGGGGUGAGCAGCAGCAGGGUCACUGUGUGUUGCAUCCCAAAGUAGUGUGGUGCUGGAGGUGGACUGGAGGUGCUGAAUGCUUAGCAGAGAUAAGGAAUGGGCCCCAAGGUCUGCUGCAGGGAACUCAUGCAGAUGCUUGGAGGUAUCUUUUCUUUUAAUUUUCUUCUUUUUUUUUGAGCCACAGGCACUAAGGAAGAAGAUAAAACCCCUCAUUUUUGUAACUAGGGGGAGGUAUAAUAGCUGUGUGGGAGGAAUCGUGAUUUGCCAACACUGAUAGAGUAGAAGAGCUUUUCUUUUUUUUUUUUUUUUUAAACCCCCUCAAUUAGAGCACAAAGUACAUUACUGAGGCUACAAGCUUGAAAUAUGUGCUGCAGGCUCUCCCUUGCACUGUAAAAUAUCCCUUUCCCUCUGCUUCCCUGGCCACCAGUGAGACAGCCAUGGUGUAUGUGAGUGGAACAACUGUGCCAAUAAAUGGU